AUGGGAGUCCCUCGGCAGAAAAGCACUGACCCGGGGGCAGACGAUGACUCUGACCGGGACUCUGGUGUCGGGGGAGAGGCUGGAGAAGACGAUGACACGUGCAGUGGAAGUUCAGCGCCAGACAAUGAAGAUCUACAAGAUGUCAACGUUCUGGAGGGCGAGUUCACGGUCUUUGUGUCAUUUAAAGGGAAUAUGGAGGAUGAAGACUUCACCCAGAAACUGGACAGUAUCCUCAGUGGAAUCCCAGAAGUGCUGGACAUGGAUACAGAACGGCUGCAGCCGCAUCAUGUUGAACCAUGGAACAGCGUUCGAGUCACCUUCAACAUUCCUCGUGAGGCGGCUGAGCGGCUCAGGCUCUUGGCUCAAAACAACCAGCAGCAGCUUAGAGACCUGGGGAUUCUUUCUGUGCAAAUUGAAGGGGAAGGCGCAAUUAAUGUUGUACCAGUACAGAACAGAGGACAAGUAAAUGGACCAAUAGGAGGACAAAGUCAGAUGAGGAUGGAUGUUGGGUUUCCAGGCCAACCCGGUCCUGGUGGGGUAAGAAUGGCUAAUCCAUCCAUGGUUCCCCCUGGACCGGGAAUGCCAGGACAGGCUAUGAUACCUGGCAGCAGUGGACAGAUGCAUCCUCGUGUUCAAAGACCACCCUCUCAGACAGAUAUGAUGGAUCCAAUGAUGUCAGGCAUGUCAAUGCAGCCUCAGCAGCAACUUCAGCACCAACAGUCUGGGCCCCUGGUUUCAGGCUCCAUGACUCCUCAAGCUGCUCACCACAUGCAGGCUCUGCAGGCGGGCAGACCACUGAACCCUGCAGCACUGCAGCAGCUCCAACAGCAGCACCACCACCAACAGCAACAACAACAGCAGCAGCAGCAACAGGCCCAACAGCUGGCACAGCUCGGUCCCAGACCACCAUUCAACCCAUCGGGGCAAAUGGCAAUGCCUCCUGGCUGGAAUCAAAUGCCUCAAAAUGCCCAAGGUGGGCCUGCCUGGAGAAAGCCUCCGCCACAAGGUCAAAUGAUGCAGCGUCCACCUUCACUUGGUUCAGUCCAGACCCCAAGUCACCCUCCACCACCUUACCCUUUUGGCAGCCAACAAGCUGGCCAAGUGUUUAAUACCAUGGGUCAAGCUCAGCUGCAGCAGCAACAGCAGCAGCAGACUGGAAUGAACCAGUUUGCUGCACCUCAGCCGAAAGGUCCACAAGGGGGACCUGGUGGGGUCAUCGGACAACCUCGCCCACCUCCACCCAUGCCCGUAACAUCAGGGCCACAGGGCAAUCUCACUGCUAAAUCUCCUGGUUCCUCCUCAUCACCGUUCCAGCAGGGCUCACCUGGUACUCCCCCGAUGAUGGUUCAAAGACCCACAACUCCUCAAGGAUUCCCUCAAGGUGUUGGCUCCCCCGGCCGUGCGGCUCUCGGUCAACAGCCUGGAAUGCAGCAAGGAUUCAUGGGUUUACAACAAGGCCAGGUCCAUCCAGGAAUGGCUAAACGUCCAAUGGGGUUCCCCAACCCAAAUUUUGUCCAGGGUCAGGUGAGUGUUAAUGCACCAGGAACCCCAAUGGGAGGAGUCAAUCAACAGUUACAACCUAACCAGGCACUUGCGCAUACAGGGGCUCAACCAUCUGUUUCAACACCAAACUCAGUUCAGGGACAUCCUCAUUCACAGCCUAAUGUGAUGGGUGUCCAAAGCAGCAUGGCGGGGCCUCCACCAGGGACCACUACUGGUCCUCAAAUGAUGGGCCUCCAGCAUCAGGCCCAGCCUGUGUCUUCCUCCCCCAGCCAGAUGGCUCAAGCACAGGGUGGAGGUCAGACUGUCCUCUCCAGACCGCUGACUCAAGGACAGAGAGGUGGAAUGACCCCACCCAAGCAACUGAUGCCUCAGCAAGGCCAGGGGGUGAUGCAUGGGCAGGGUCAGAUGGUUGGAGGCCAAGGGCACCAAGCCAUGCUCCUUCAGCAGCAGCAACAGCAACAGCAGCAGCAGCAGCAGCAGCAACAACAACAGCAACAACAGCAGCAGCAACAAAACCCUAUGAUGGAGCAAAUGGUUGCAAACCAAAUGCAGGUGAACAAACAGCCGUUUGGAGGGAAGAUGCCCCCUGGGGUGAUGCCUGGCCAGAUGAUGCGUGGACCUUCUCCAAAUAUCCAAGGAAACAUGUCUCAGUUCCAGGCCCAGGUUCAGCAGAUGACUCCACAGCAGCAGCAACAACUUGCUCAGCUUCAGCAACAGCAACUUCAACAACAGCAUCAGUUGCAACAACAUCAACUGCAGCAGCAGCAGCAGCAUGCCCAGAUGAACCAGCAAGGACAAGUGCCCAUGCCAGGAAACCCUAAUCAGGUGAUGACAAUGCAUGGGCAACAAAUGAGGCUUCCUGCAGGUCACCCCCUCAUUCAGCAACAGCUCCAGCAGCUGCAGCAGCAGAAACAGCAGCAGCAGCAACAGCAGCAACAGCAACAGCAACAGCAGCAGCAAGCAAUGUUACAACAACAAGCUGCUCAGCAACAUCCUCAUCCCAUGGGAGAUCCCUCCGGUGCCGCUGGAGACAUGAGCGUGCAGCAAAUAGUGCCGGAUCUACAGGCGCAGCAGCAGCAGCAAGGCAUCAUGGGAGCCCCACAGCACAUGCAAAUGGGAAAUGGACAUUUUCAAGGCCACGGCAUGAACUUUAACCCGCAGUUUGCUGGUCAAAUGCAGAUGGGCGGCCCUUGUGGACAGGCAGCUAACUUUGCAGGAAACAAAGAUGUGACUUUGACGAGCCCUUUGCUGGUCAAUUUGCUGCAGAGCGAUAUCUCAGCGAGUCAGUUUGGACCAGGGGGAAAGCAGGGAGCCGGGGGAGCGAAUCAGGCCAAACCUAAAAAGAAGAAACCACCUAGAAAGAAGAAGUCCAAAGAAGGUGAAGGUCAACCAGGAGAUGGACUUGGUCUUGAAGCUGGACUGGAAGAUUCAGAACUUGGUGAUCAGGGUCUGGGCUUGGAUAGCCCAGUAACUAAAAUCCCAGAAUUUCCUAAUAGACCCACAGGUUUUCCUGGACAGUCAGGAGAUCAGAGGGUGCUGCAGCAGGUGCCAAUGCAGUUCAUGCAGCAGCAGCAGCAGCAGCAGUUGCAGCACAUGCAGCAACAGCAGCUCCAACAUUUGCAGCAACAGCAACAGCAGAUGCAUCAGAUGCAAGGGAUGAGUGGCCCACAAUCUGGAAUGUCUCAACAGCAAGGAAUGACAGGGUCCCAGCCCGGGAUGCCUCAACAGGGAAUCCCGGGGCAACAACAAGGAAUGACAGGACCUCAGCCUGGAAUGCCACAACAGGGAAUACCGGUGCAACAGCCAGGGAUGCCUGGAGCGCAGUCGCUCAUGCUCCAACAGGGAAUGCCAGGGCAGCAGCAGGUGAUGACCAACGCACAGUCCGGAAUAACGGGGCCACAGCCUGGAAUGAGUGGGCAGCAACAAGGAAUGCAAGGGCCACAACAGGUCAUGCCCGGCCAACAGCAGGGGAUGGCCGCGCAGCAGCAGGGAAUGAUCGGCCUUCAUCAGGGACAACAAACGCCAGGUCAACCGCAGAUGCAUCAACCACAGAUGCAUCAAGUUCAGCAGCAACAACAAGCUCAACAAUCACAUUUACAACAACAACAACAGAUGUUAAUGAUGAUGAAGAUGCAGCAGGAACAGGCUAAGAACCGGAUGGCAAUGCCUCCAGGGAGCCACCUUCCCCCUCGUGGCAUGGCCAACUCACCAGAGGUACAGAGGCUUCCUGUCUCUCAACAAGGCAACAUGCCAGUGAUGAUCAGCCUCCAGGGCCCUGGGAGUGUGCCGCCUUCACCAGACAAGGCCAGGAUGCCCAUGAUGGUCAAUCCACAACUUACGGGCCCGCCGAGGAGAAUGUCCCACCCAGAUGGAGGACAAGGACAACCUGCGCCUCCAGAGGACACUUCCGCUUUAGCACAACCUAAGCAGGACCGACCCCCUGGCCCUGAAAUACAAGGGCAACCAUCAAAUGGAGCCCAGCAGAUCAUGGGAAACCAAGGAUCUAAUGCUCACAUGAUGAAGCAAGGCCAAUCACCCAUGCCACAACAUCCUGGAGCCAAUCCACAGCAACCGCUGCCUAAUCAGCCUCAGCAAGCAGGCGCAAUGACAAAUCUUCACUUCCCAAAUGUCUCCACAACUUCCCAAAGUUCAAGACCCAAAACGCCAAAUAGAGCCAGUCCCAGACCCUACCAUCCCCUCACACCUACCAAUCGUCCUCCCAGUACAGAGCCCAAUGAAAUAAACUUGUCCCCAGAAAGACUGAAUGCUUCAAUUGCAGGACUUUUUCCUCCAAAAAUCAACAUUCCCUUGCCUCCUCGGCAGCCCAAUUUGAACCGGGGAUUUGACCAACAAGGUCUUAAUCCAACCACACUCAAAGCCAUUGGACAGGCUCCUCCCAGUUUAGCGCUCCCUGGAAAUAGCAAUAGUGGGGGUGUUGGCGGAAAUGCCCCUAACAGUAGUCACCAGACUUACCCCUCAUCCACUGGUGCAGGCACAGCAGGUGCUAAACAAGACAAGCAGUCUGGGGCACCAGGCAAAAGAGCCAGUCCCAGCAACAGCCGAAGAUCCAGUCCAGCAUCAAGUCGUAAAUCUGCCACUCCGAGUCCAGGAAGGCAAAAGGGGACAAAGGUUGUAUGCUCACCUCACCAGCAGCAACAGCUUGUUAAUCCACAGGGGCAAAUGAUGAUGAUGAGCUCCUCUUCGGUACCUUUAAAUCCUGGUGGUCUGCCCUCGCAAGGAGCAGGGGGCAUGGAGGCUCCGCAAACACAGUCACCUUUCAGUGUGGUUCAGGGUAAUAACGACAAUCUCGGCGAUCCCACACAAAGGCCAAGUCCUCCUCUGCAGCAGCCUUCCCCGCAUCCGAUCCCCCCAGUGUCCUCGCCGUUUCAACCGCCCAUGUCGUCUCCGCCCGCUUCCUCGAGCCCGGGAGCAAUAACCGUUGUGCGAAAGAAUUCUGUCUCUCCCCAAGCGUCAGUAGCUGGAGAUAGGCAGUCAUACAUCGUCACAACGCAAGCAUUAAACCUUCCGACCAGCUCGUCCCUGCAAAUGGAAGCUCCCAGAACCACACACCAGCUCAACCAAGCUUCUGUCGUCGCAUCUCAAGACGCCUUGGCAAAUGUGACAACCGCUGCUCCCAUGCUUUCCACAGUCACAACUGCACACAAUUCGUUGCCGUCCGUGGUGUCCAUCGCGGCCACUUCAGGAUCUGAGGGUAGCCCUGGCGUCACAUCAACGGCUAACGUCAGCACCAACCAGGCCGAGCCACCGACGGAGCACCACUCCUCAACGCGUAGUGACAACAGCCAGACAAGCACAGCAACCUCAGAAGACCCGACACAAACAAGAGAAACGCUCGGGGAAGAAGUUUCCACUGGUCCGGAACAGGGAUGGGCAAAGAAAAGAAAGACGCCCAUCAACUUAGUUCCAAGAGCGGCUGCUGUAGAGAAGCCAAAAGGGCCCAGCAGGAGGAGCUCGCGAGCAGAGAAGGAGACCGAAGAAGAACCGAUUGUGGACAGUGGCAUUCGGAAACGAUCGGCAAGACCAGCUACAAGCACUGCUGUAAAAGGUUGGACUAAUACAAAGACUGGAGCGAGUCCGACCCAGGCCAAAAGAAGGAAGUCUAAAUAG